GCCGCCCGCCCCAAGGCCCACGCGGGGUGGAUGCGCGAGGUCGCUCCGCGGCUUGGCGGGCGGUGCCCGGCCAGAGCCACGAGGAGGGCGCCCCCGCGCCGUCUGCACGCCGGCGCCGCCGCCCGCACAGCCCCCUGCUCGCGGUGGCAGCCCCCCGAGUAUCCACGAGAGGAGGGCCAGCCCCUGCCCCCCCGGAGCUUAGGACUUAGUCUCUCCCCCCGCACUGUGCCCCUCAACCCCAGCGUGACCCAGACCCUGGAGGAAGGCCCAGGAGUGCCCCCGAACAGGGGAGCUGCGCUGGGGAGCCCCCGGGCAGAGUGGCGGGUUUCUGCCCUCUCCGGGGAGCUGAGAACUCCCUGACUUCCGGUCCGUGGCCUGGAGGAGGAGAGCGGCCUGAAGAGUGGGAACAGGCCACGAUUGUGCCGAGACUAAACUCGGCUCAGGGGGUCUCCACAGGAUGAGUAUAGGGGGUCGUGGUUGUGAAGAUGGAAGACCCCCAAGUGGGUAAGAGAUUCCAUGUGGACCAGAUACCCCAGUGGAUCAGAGACCCACGGGAACCAUAGACCCCAAAUGGACCAGAGGCCGCAAGUGACCAGAGAUCUCGGUGGAUCAGAGAUCUCAGUGGAUCAGAGAUCCCAAGUGGAUCAAAGAUCCCAGGUGGACCAGAAACAGAUCUCCAGAGAAUAAGAGAUCCCAGGGGACCAGAGCCCCCCGUGGAUGGGAGCCCAUUCCUGGAGCACCCCCUGCCCUAAGGUUGGCCUCUGUCCCACAGCACACCCCUGCUGAAACAGACACAGGAAGUUCCGUAGAGGGGACAGUGACUCCCAGCACUCCCUCGGUUCAGGACACAUGCCUGGGAGGUCACGGGAAAGAACACAUCACGCCGUGGAAGCAGCCCUACGCUGUUUAUUCCACACAGGCCUCUGGGUUUGGGGAGAUCUCAGACCGAGGGAAUUGGAGUCUUCUGUCCUAAAGGACCCCGUUACAGUGGGGGCACUGGAGACGGCCAUUUCUCCCACCUUCUGCCAGGACAGGGUAUGUGCAGACAAGAGUUUUCCAAGAGUUUCCUGAGUUCCUUCGCACGGGGCCUGGGCUCUGUAGAUGGUUAGAUCCUCACCUCCAAUGCUGCUGGGUGGAAGGUGGGAAGUUUCGGCAAAAAAAGUGGGAUUUGCCUGUGGAGGGUCCCCUAGCUACCCUCUGGGUCACAUUGUCAAACUUCAGGUAUUUCAUGUUGAUCAAAUCAGAAGGGUCUCCAUACGGGAAUCCCCUGACUCCUAAUCCAUUGUGUCUAUGUGAUUCUGGGUCACAUCAGGCAGUGCUCAAGGCUGACUCCUGACUCUGUUCAGGGCCCACUCCUGGCUCUGGGCUCGGCUCACUCCUGGUUCUGUGCUUAGGGGCUACAUGUGGUUUGGGGGUUGCACCCAUGCUCAUGGUGUUCUGGGCAUGCCCAUUUUGGUUGCCCUGCCUGUGUGUGGUCGGUGCCACACACCAGGCUCCUCUCCCCUUUUCCCUGCCUUUCCAUAAUGGGAUUUUCGUGAGUAAGUUAUAUCAGGAGCCAAAGCAGUAGCAUAGUGGGGAAAGUACUUUCUUCGCAUGUGGCCAACUCAUGUUCAGUCCUCAGCACCCCACAGGGUUCACCGAGCCCCUCCAGGGGCGACCUUGGAGCACAGAGCUGGAAGUCUGCACUGAGCACUGCCAGGUGUGUCCCCAAGCAGAAUCGGUGUAUCCAGCAGAAAAUUACGGCAUCCAGAUGUCCUUCACAAAGUCCUUUGCCUUGAGCUGUGACUAGAACCUUCUUGUUGGGGAUGGUGGGGCUGGAGUAGGGCCAGAAUCUCUUCUGGGGCCUGGAAUGGAGCUGCCCGGGGCCAGACACCACCAGCACACCGUGGCCGUAUGUGCCACAGGCUUGUAAGGUCAGCCUGCUGCUACCCCCACGCCCUCCGAGGUGCUCCCGUCGCCUCAUCCCCCGACGCCUAUGUGCGUCCGUCCGUUUCGGGGCUUCUGCGCCCCACAGUGGGUCUGCAGGGUCUGCUCUUGGCUGGCCCCCACUGCCCACCCAUUUCAUGAAGCAUUUCAUGUGCAUUCAGGGACCCCUAGACUGGGUGGAAACUAGAAGAUGGGGCAGGGAUGUAGAGGCAAAGGACUGCAACCCCAGGUUGACCCCCCAGAGCCGCACGAACCCCCCAGCAUGGUAGAGCCUGGAGGAGCCCCUCAAACAAAAAACUGUCCCCCAUCCGGAUGCUUUGUCAUUUGUUUAGGGGGUGCACCUGGUGGUGCUUGGGAAAUACUGCCGGCUCUGUACUCGGGAACACUCCUGGCAGGGCUCAGGGAUGAUACAGGGUGUUGGGACUGAGCCCAGCCUGGCCCUGUGCCAAGCGAGCGCCCUGCCUGCAGUACUGCCGCUGGGCCCCACCAAAUGCUUCCUUUACUUCCACCCGCACCGCCCAGAUGUAAAGUUCAGGCUUUGUUUUUUCCUUUGCUCAGGAGGUCAAAAAUAAUUUUUAAGAUCUUGUAUUUGGAGCUUUGGGGCCACCUGCCACCCCUUUUCCCUCUGCUCCGGAGACACUGCGAAGUGCACAGAGGGCUUGUACCGUACCAGGCUUCGAAUCAAGGCCCCGUACAUGCCGGAGCAGAUGGUGGUCAUUCGCCCCUUCCCCACCCAACCCUGCCCACCUGUACUCGCCCUUGAGUGCCACAAGAAAGAAAUGCGCCAUCCAAAGCACCGGCUCCAACAGAGGGUGGGUUGGAGAUACAGCCGGGCUUCAAAGGAAUUGAGGCCUCGGGUUCGACCCCAGCCGUAAGCAUCCUGACCUGCUGCAGGAGGCUCGUGCCUACCCAUUUACUAAAGUGGGGCUUACUGCGCUGCUCCCUGUGCUGCUCCCUGCGCUUCCUCCAUAACUCCCCACGGGCUGUCUCUGCGCUUCCUGCGUAGCGCCCCUAGCGUAACUACUCGUGCCCUGCCUCCUGUGCUUCCUGCGUAACGCCCGUGCCCUGCCCCCUACGCCUCCCGCGUAACGGUCCGGGCCCUGCUCCCUACGCCUCCCGCGUAGCGCUCCGGGCCCUGCCCCCUACGCCUCCCGCGUAGUGCUCCGGGCCCUGCCCCCUACGCCUCCUGCGUAACGCCCGUUCCCUGCCCCCUACGCCUCCCGCGUAGCGCUCCGGGCCUGCCCCCUACGCCUGCUGCGUAGCUCCUCGUGCCCUGCCUCGGCCCUCCGAGAGCCGAGCCCGCGUACAGGCCCGGGGUUGACGAUCUGCGAACUACGCGGCUUCACCUCCGCCCGCUCCCACGCGCCACCCACGUCUACUACAGGCGUUAGCCCCCUCAAGGGCCAGCAGUUGUGCUAGUGCGGGGCAGGGUGUGAGCGAGGCCGCGCAGACAUGGCGCUGGGAGACUCCCCCGGUCUUCGCGCUCCGUGGGCGUGUCCUCGGCUCGCGUCUCCUCCAAUCGGGGCCCCGGGCGGGCCACGCUUCCCUGAUUGGGGCGGGGCUUACUGGCUCCCCCGUCCUUCUAUUGGUCGAAUGUGGAAUCGCGACGUUCCGUGGCGGGCCGUUGCCCUAGCAACGCGCGGAGCACGGGGGCUAGGCCCCUUGUGACUGGCCCGCGGUCCGAGCUGGCUUGCGAUGCGGCUGCGCCCUCCGGGAUCUGGGACGAGAGAAUCCUUCGAAGGCCAGUGAGCUUCUCGGCCCGGACCCAUCACCCGCUGUCUCGGCUUCCAAGAGCCAGAUGACAACGGAAGAGCGCGCCCACCUGGUGCACCUGCUCAAGCUGAGCAUCAAGGUCCUCCUGCAGUCGGCGCUGAGCCUGGGCCGCAGCCUGGACGCGGAGCAUGCGCCGUUGCAGCAGUUUUUCGUGGUCCUGGAGCAGUGCCUCAAACACGGCCUCAAAGUGAAGAAGAGCUUCAUUGGCCAGAACAAGUCCUUCUUUGGGCCCUUGGAGCUGGUGGAGAAGCUGUGCCCCGAAGCUGCAGAUAUAGCCACUAGUGUGAGGAAUCUCCCGGAACUCAAGACGGGGCUGGGGCGGGGCCGAGCCUGGCUCUACCUGGCGCUCAUGCAGAAGAAGCUGGCGGACUACCUGCGCGUACUGGUGGACCACCGACACCUGCUCAGCGAGUUCUACGAGCCACAGGCUCUGAUGAUGGAGGAGGAGGGAACUGUGGCCGUCGGGCUGCUGGUGGGCCUCAACGUGCUGGACGCCAACCUCUGCUUGAAAGGGGAAGAUCUCGACUCCCAGGUCGGGGUCAUCGAUUUCUCACUCUACCUGAAGGACCUCCAGGACCUGGAGUCUGGCAAAGAGCAGGAGCGAAUCACGGAUGUCCUGGACCAGAAGAACUACGUGGAGGAGCUGAACCGACACUUGAGCUGCACCGUGGGUGAUCUCCAGAGCAAGAUCGACGGCCUGGAGAAGACAAACUCAAAGCUCCAAGAGGAGCUCUCCGCUGCCACUGACCGGAUCUGCUCGCUCCAGGAGGAACAGCGGCACUUACGGGAACAGAACGAACUGAUUCGGGAGCGCAGCGAGAAGAGCGUGGAGGUCACAAAGCAGGACACGAAAGUGGAGCUGGACACGUACAGGCAAACCCGGCAGGGGCUGGACGAGAUGUACAGUGACGUGUGGAAGCAGCUGAAGGAGGAGAAGAAAGUCCGCCUGGAGCUGGAGAAGGAGCUAGAGCUGCAGAUCGGGAUGAAGACGGAGAUGGAGAUCGCCAUGAAGCUGCUGGAGAAGGACACCCACGAGAAGCAGGACACGCUGGUGGCCCUGCGCCAGCAGCUGGAGGACGUCAAAGCCAUAAACUUACAGAUGUUCCACAAAGUGCAGACGGCGGAGAACAGCCUGCAGCAGAAGGACGAAGCCAUUGGGGCUCUGGAAGACAAAACCAGCCACGUCGUGUCCAGCAUGAAGCAGAUGGAAGAGAGGUUGCAGCUGGCCGAGCAGGCCCGUCAGGGCGCAGAGGACCGGAGUCGGCAGCUGCAGCAGGAGCUGGGCAGCCGGAGAGGGGCGCUGGAGCGGCAGCUGGCCCAGCUGCAGGAGCAGUGCUCCAGCCUGGAGACGGAGCUGAAGGCGGAGAAGGAGCAGAGACAGGGGCUCCAGCGCCAGCUGCAGCAGGAGAGGGAGGGCGCCGCGCGGCUGCACGCGGAGCUGCAGGAGCUGCAGGCGCUGAGAAAGGAGCUGCGGGAGCUGCAGGACGAGAAGGAGGAGCUGCAGAAGGUCUGCAGGGAGCAGGAGCAGGCACUCCAGGAAAUGGGCCUGCACCUCAGCCAGUCGAAGCUGAAAAUGGAAGACAUCAAAGAGGUGAACAAGGCCCUGAAGGGCCAUGCUUGGCUGAAGGACGAUGAAGCCACCCACUGCAAGCAGUGCGAGAAGGAGUUCUCCAUCUCCCGGAGGAAGCACCACUGUCGCAACUGCGGGCACAUCUUCUGCAACGCCUGCUCCAGCAACGAACUGGCCCUGCCCUCGUACCCCAAGCCCGUGCGCGUGUGCGACAGCUGCCACACGCUGCUGCUGCAGGGCUGCUCGUCCACUGGUUCCUAGGGCCCCAUUCACUCUGGGAGAGGGGAGGGAGGCCACAGGGUUGUCGCUGCCAAGUCCCCGGCCAAACACCAACCUCUUUUGUAGCUUUGUUCCUGCCACAUCCCAGGAAUUCCACCUACCCCUCUCCUUGACCCCUCCCCACUGCUCCCCCUCACCCCUUCCUUGAACUGCAAUAAAUUAUCUAUUUUUCA